AUGGUGCGAGAUAGCCGGCGCUUCCGCCUGAGUCAUGCAGUGUGCCGUGUAGAAAUAGCAAAUGAGCCCAUCUUCGACGUGCACACUCACGCGGCGCAGCAGGAGGGCUACUUCGACGGCGCGGCGCACGUGACGCUCCAGGCGCCAGUGUCGCUGCGCGGCCACGUGGGACUCAGCUUCCGCACCUGCGAGGGCGGCCAGCUGUUCUCGCAGUCGACGCCGUCCUCGUCCUCCGUCAGCCUCGACGUCCACGAGGACGGCCUGCUGCUGCGCAUCGGCGUGGCCAAGAGCGGCAAGGUGUACGAGUCGCGCGUCGCCGCCCACCUCCUGGACAACACCUGGCACAACGUGAACCUCGUGUACCGCCUGGGCAACCUCACCCUCGCCGUGGCGGGGCACUCGCAGAUUGUUGCCAAUUCAACAUACAAUCCAGAGAUCCUCUCUGAUCCCGACCUGUCAGGCAGUGACGCCAUUUUACGCAUUGGAGAUGGCUUCAUUGGAUGCAUUCUCCAAGGGCCAAGCCUUGUGUUCAACACGUCUGCUAUGGUGGCUAAAAAAGUCCAGUGGGGGAACUGCCCUCUAAAUAACAUCAGUUGCUCAAAGGUUGACCACUGCAAAAACGAACCGUGCUUGCGGCAGGGUGUUUGCUUCUCACUGCCCGAUCGAUACGACUGCCGCUGCUCAGCACGCUAUUCAGGAAAGAACUGCGAAGUUGACAAUGGUUCUCCGUGCAUCCGUAAUGGGAUUAACCCAUGUCAAAAUAAUGGUCAAUGUAUGGAAGACCAGAUGGGCAAUUACAAAUGUCAAUGUGGGCCAAGUCACACAGGCCAACACUGUGAAACAGAAAUAACAUCUCACAUAUGUGAGAACAAUCCUUGUCAGAAUGAUGGGUCCUGUAGGGUGUCAGCAGGAAACCGGUAUGAAUGUACAUGUGUUCCUGGCUUCACUGGUGUUAAUUGUGAGAUAAACAUAAAUGAGUGUCAAUCAAACCCUUGUCAGCAUGGGGGUUCAUGUAUUGAUGGCGUUAACAACUACACAUGCAUCUGUACCAGAACUGGAUACCUGGGACAAAACUGUGAUAUAAAUAUUAACGAAUGUGAUCUCAACCCUUGCUUGAAUCAGGGACUGUGUUUUGAUAACUAUGGCAGUUACACCUGCCAAUGUAUGCCAGGUUUUGCGGGUCAGAACUGUGAACAAAAUCUCAACGAGUGCAGCUCAAACCCUUGCUUGAACAAUGCCCGCUGUAUUGAUGUAGUUGGCUCCUAUGAGUGCCAUUGUCAGCAUGGCUUUACUGGACGUAACUGUGAAACCGAUAUAAAUGAAUGUGAAUCUGCAGUGUGCCCUCCUAAUUCGGAUUGUGUUGAUGACAUUGGCAAUUAUCAUUGUGUUUGCAAAGAUGGCCUUACUGGGAAACCUCCAAACUGCUCUGAAGUUAAUGUCUGCACCAGUAGUCCAUGCGUAAAUGGCGGCACAUGUGUUGUGGUUGGUGAUCAUUUUAAUUGCUCCUGUCCAGUGGGCUUCACAGGAAAAAUGUGCCAAGUGAACAUUGAUGAAUGUGCUUCAAACCCUUGCUUAAAUGGAGGCACAUGCCUUGACCAGGUCGGAGGCUACAUAUGUAACUGCUCUGAUGAAUACAUGGGAGUUCACUGUGAAAUGGAAUUCGAUGCAUGUGCUUUCAAACCUUGCAAGAACGGAGGAGAAUGUGUGACAAUGCCAAAGAGGAGAGAAUUUUAUUGUGAAUGUGCCGCAGGUUUUACUGGGUUAGAAUGCAAAACCGAUAUUGAUGACUGUGCAAAUGUGACCUGUCCUCUUGGGCGGCAAUGUGUUGAUCUUGUCAAUGACUAUGAAUGCCGAUGCCCUACUGGCUACUCUGGUGAAAACUGCACACUAGAUGACGAUCACUGUGCCCCAAGCCCAUGCAAAAAUAAUGGCACUUGUGUCAAUUCUGGAGGUAGCUUUGUCUGUGAAUGCCCCUCUGGUUAUCAAGGUCGCCGAUGUGAACAAGAUGUUGAUGAGUGCAAAUUGACUGAUAAUCUUUGCAAUAAUGGAAUAUGUGUUAAUACCCCUGGUGGUUAUCAGUGUUUCUGCCGCCCUGGUUUUACUGGAACUCACUGUAAUCUGGACUUUGAUGAAUGUCUUUCUCGACCUUGCCAAAAUAAUGCCACUUGUGAGAACCUCAUCAACAGCUUCAACUGUGUGUGCACCCCAGGGUAUACUGGAAGAGAGUGCAACAUUGACAUCAAUGAGUGUGACUCCAAUCCAUGUCAAAAUAAUUCAACCUGUAUUGAUGGCAUUGCUGCUUUCUCAUGCAUUUGUCCACCUGGAUUAACGGGUCUCUUGUGCGAGACUAAUAUUGACGAUUGCGAGUCCUCGCCUUGCUGGAACAACGGACUCUGCAUUGACGGUAUCAACAGCUAUUCUUGUGAUUGCUCUGACACUGGAUUCAGUGGACUACGAUGUGAAAACAACAUCGAUGACUGCUUGAGCAACCCUUGCACAAAUGGUGCUCAGUGUGUAGAUGGCAUCAAGGACUACACUUGCGAGUGUUUUGCUGGAUAUACUGGCAAGAACUGUGACGUUGACAUUAAUGAGUGUGAAAGCUCUCCAUGCCAAUAUGGUGGAACAUGCCUACAACGUUCCAACAGCUCUCUUUACCAAAGUGAUGAUCCAUCAUUACCUGCAAUAUUUUCUGAAAGAUUCAGCUAUGAGAAUGCAAGCGGGUAUGUGUGUGUAUGUGUUCCUGGCAUAACGGGUUCAAACUGUGAAGUGAACAUAAACGAAUGUGAGAGUAACCCCUGUCGUUGGGGCAACUGUGUAGACAAGAUUGGACAUUACGACUGUGAAUGUGAAGAGGGAUUCAUGGGGGCCCAUUGUGAAAUUGACAUUGAUGAAUGUGACCUGUAUAAACCGUGUGUGAAUGGAACCUGUAUUGACAGACGUGCCAACUACUUCUGUGAAUGCACUCCCAAGUAUGGUGGAAAGAACUGUUCUGUUGAACUCCAUGGGUGUGAUGAAAACCGCUGUCAAAACAGCGGGACUUGCAGACCGUACUUGGAGAAUGAAACACAACAUAAAUUUAAUUGCUCCUGCACUAAUGGUUUCCAUGGUGACUUGUGCGAAAAGGUUACAACCAUGUCUUUAAGUGGAAAAUCAUAUGCACUUGUAAAUACUACCAGGGAUGAAGGUUACGACAUUCAAUUUCGAUUUAAGACAACAUUACCUGAUGGUUUGUUAGCCAUAGGAAAAGGAUCUACUUUCUAUAUUUUGGAACUAGUCCAUGGUAGACUCAACCUUCAUUCCAGUCUUCUGAACAAAUGGGAAGGUGUCUUUAUUGGUUCAGGAUUAAAUGACAGCACUUGGCAGAAAGUAUUUGUGGCAAUCAACUCAUCUCAUCUAGUUCUGGCCGCCAAUGAAGAACAAACAAUUUACCCGAUCAACCUGAAUGAAGGUUCUGGUGCUUCACACACAAGCUUUCCAACAACAUAUUUAGGUGGCACGAUUUCUUCUCUUCGUAGGUUGACACAUGGACCCCCGUCUUUCAUUGGCUGUGUUGAAGAUGUGGUCAUCAAUGGCAAUUGGGUUCUGCCAGAAAACCCCAGCCAGCCUGUUGUACUUGAAAACAUUGCGAUGGGUUGCCCACGUGAGCCUCAAUGUUCUCCCAACCCAUGUCAUAAUGGAGGCCAUUGCACUGAUUUAUGGAGUGACUUUAGCUGUGCUUGUGAACGCCCUUACUUAGGCCACACAUGUCAAUACAACUUUACUGCUGCUACUUUUGGCUAUGAGAACAUCACAAAUGGAUUGGUUACUGUGAAUGUCCAUGAUCAAGCCCGACGUGCUGUUAGAUCUAUUGUAGACAUAUCUAUGUUCAUUCGAACUCGCCAGAGUAGGGGAGUCAUUUUUCAGCUUGGGUCAGCUCCCACUGUCGAGCAUCAAGAUCAAACUCAAAUUGCUGCUCAUCUUGAUGGAGGAGAGCUGUUUGUAGGCAUUCAGUUCAACGGCACUCCUGAGGGCUACACAGUAGGAGGAGUCAGACUUGAUGAUGGCAGUAACCAUCUUAUUCAGGUGGUGCGCAAUGUGACUUUAGUCCAAGUUAAAAUAAAUGGGUCAGAGUAUUUCCGUAAAACAAUAUCCGCAUCAGGCCAGUUGGACGUCCAGGUUCUGUAUUUAGGUGGAGUGCCACCAAAUGCAAGAGUAAAUUUCCGCCCUGGCGGAACACCUGACCACAGUAAUUUCAAGGGAAUAAUCCAAGAUGUUCAGAUAAGCAAUGGUUCACGCACCAUGGUGACAGAAUUCUUCCCGCUUAAAGUUGAUGAUUUAGCUGUCCCGACAUCUUUUGGUACUGUGAUGUUUGCUAAUGACACUGUCCUAGAGGGUGUUAUUUCUGAUGACACAUGUUCGUCCAACCCAUGUCAACAUAAUGGGACUUGCAAAAUAACUUGGAAUGAUUUUAGCUGUGAAUGUGUUCGUGGGUACAAGGGCAAAACAUGCCAGGAGAUGGAGUUUUGCCAGCUCCAGGAUUGCCCCAUGGGAAGCACUUGUCGAAAUUUAAAUGAUGGAUACGAAUGCAUUGCUAAUGCAACGUUCAAUGGAGUUAAUUCUUCCAUGAGCUUCAGCCUUGGCUCGAUAGAAUCAUCAAGCUCAGAAUCUCCUAUUUCUACUGCAUAUAACUCCAUUGAAAUAAUGUACAGGACUCAUUUAGGUGGAACUCUCAUGCACAUUGCUUCAAUUGAUGGAGAAGAUUUCUUUUCUAUUGCUGCUUUCAAAGGGAACGUAACAGUUGCAUGGAUGCUGGGAUCAGGACAUGGUAGAGCACGGCGCUUGCGCAAGGAACAUGCUGACGGGGAUUGGACAUCACUGAAACUUCAAAUCAAGGAUGGCUCUCUUGAAGCUCAUUUUAUUCAGGACGAAUGGAGUGAAGAAGCCCUAGCGCAAAAUACCCACCAGUUUACAGAAGCCGAUUUCCCGAUUGACGCUUGGUAUCAGCUAGUAACAGGCGGAAGGGUGAUAUUGGGUGCUGGACCCCCUAUAUCUAUUGCUUCGGCCAGUUCCAUAAGGGCUGCAGAUGGUGCUCCUGCUUCAACUAGACACUCUUAUGUAGUCUAUGAUCAUGAUUCUCCUGACGCUCCAACAGCAGCCAGCUCUCUUGAUGAUAAUGCGGUUGACUUCCCUGCAAUAGGCAAAUCUCAAGGGGAGCCUGCAACAAACGGAGGAUACUUCAAGGGCUGUUUGGGAGAAGUUCGUAUUGGUGGUCUACUAUUGCCUUUCUUUACUCAAGACCAACUGAAUAUGGAAAAUAUGACAGCUACAGAGUUCUUUUAUUUAUUGAAACCAGCAAAUGAGACCAGUGUAAUCACAGAUUUAGGCUGCAUAUUGUGCUUUGAACAAGAGUGCCAAAAUGGGGGAUGGUGUUUAAAUGCAAGAGAAUCUUAUACUUGCACUUGCCCUGUUGGCUUUGAGCAGGAUGACUGCUCUGUAAAUACUGAUGAAUGUAUUGACAACAACUGCCAAAAUAAUGCUACAUGUGUGGAUUCUAUUGCCAAUUACACAUGUUCCUGUCAAUCUGGGUGGGAGGGUUGGCUGUGUGAUACGGAUAUUAAUGAAUGUGACUCAAAUCCUUGUCUUAACAAUGGUUCAUGUCAAAAUUUGCUUGGACGCUUUGAAUGUUUGUGCACAAAUGAGUUUGAAGGUCCUCAAUGUCAGUAUUUCAAAAUGGUUAAUUGUGAUAGUGGUCCCUGCAAAAAUGGCUCCUCUUGCAAAGAUGUGAAAAAUCCACUUACAGUCGAUAACUUUACGUGCACUUGUGCAGAAGGCUUUGUUGGGACAUAUUGUGAUCAACCCUUCUGCAGUGUUCAACAGUGUCAACAAGGUUUUUGUGAUACAUCACAGCAGGUACCGUUCUGUAAUUGCUCUCCGGGUUUUACUGGACAAUUUUGUGAAGAGGAUAUAAAUGAGUGCCAGGUGGGACCAAAAAAGAUGUCUCCUUGCUUAAACCGAGGAUUGUGCCAUGAUGGUAUCAACACAUUUAAUUGUGACUGUUCAGGGACAGGCUUUACGGGACCAAAGUGCGACAUAGACAUAGAUGAAUGCGCUCUCAACCGUCAGCUUUGUGGUUCUGGUUCUUGUGUAAAUUUGAGAGGCACUUACAAAUGUGAAUGUAGUCCUGGUUUUUGUGGAAAUAGUUGUGGAUUACAGGACCCAUGCUUGAUUGGAGAAAAUCCAUGUCAGUAUGAUGGUAAAUGUGUUGAAGAAUGUCACUCUGAACCUGACUACCGUUGUGAAUGUGUUGAGGGUCACACCGGCAAGAACUGCACCGAGUCACCGGUAUAUGCUGCAAGCAAUCCAUUUGACAUAGCCAUAAUUGUGGCUCCCAUCAUUGGUGCAGUGCUACUCCUCUCAGCAGGAGGCCUUAUAGUGUUCAUCAUGAUGGCCAGAAAGAAGAGAGCCACUCGUGGUACAUACAGUCCAAGUCAACAAGAGUAUUGCAACCCCAGAGUGGAGAUGGACAAUGUUAUGAAACCACCCCCUGAGGAACGGUUAAUUUAAGUUCACAAUUAGUGGACUUGUUUGCGUCUCACUUUCAGGGAGGAUUUCUUAAAAAGGAAUGACUAUGUGAUAAUUUUUCAGUACCUGUCUAAGAAUGAGAUUUUUAUCAUCUUUUUUUUUGUUUUCCAUUUUUUUUUUCUUUCAAUUUUAUUAACAUGUCUGUGUUACAUUAAAGAACUGUGUGAUGCUACAAAGCCAUAGUGCUUAAAAUGUAUCACAUAUUACUGGUUUCAAAAUUAUGACCAAAAAAUAAUAAUGAAAUAGCUGACAUAGAAUUCAUAUUUUUCAACUUGUGUGAAUUAUGCUUUUAUCACAUUUAGUAUUAUUACUUGUAUGACGGCUGAUUACUCUGUGAGUAGAGGGCCACAUCAUGAGCAGUUAAAGGGGUUGAGUCCCAGGGUGGUAGAUUAUGUUUCUACUACUUUAGCCCUCCCCCCUUUUGCUGUUCUAUUUUGUGUGAUUUGAGUUUGUUACAUUUACCUAUCAUGAAAAUUUGAUUUCAUGUUUGUACCAAAGGGUUCUAUUUAGUAUUCAAUUAUGUUUGUGAGUUGUCUUCAAAUGUUUUGAGAUUGUCAGCAGAGCAUCACAUUGAGUCCAUUUUGACUGGUUUUAGUUGAUGCAUAGAGCUGGUACAAUUAUAAUGAGGCUCUGCUAUUAUUAAUUUGAUAUACAUGUGAAAUUUCAGAUCAUUCUUCUCAAUGUCUUCCAUGUUAGUAUUAUCUAUUCCGUCCAUAGAGCUUUAUCAAUUUUGAAUUUCUAUAGAUUUGACUGGAUAUACUGUAAUAUUUUUGAAGACAAGAAGUAUUACACUGUUCUGUUACUUCACACUUGCUCUAUUUUUAUUGGAUAUUUGCAACUGUUCAAUGUUCUAUUUAACAUUUAAAAAUUUCUCCUAUAUUAGGAGUGAUAGGAUGCAUAUGCUGUGAACUAGAGGUGUUCUUAGUUACACAUUUUAAAAUUAGACUGAACUUUAAAAUGGUAUCAUACUUUUCCUACCAUUCAUACAUGGCAUGCUGUGAGUGGCCUGUGUAAAUCUACCUAAGUUAAGUUUUUCAUUCACAACAACCUGUUGUGUUUGCUCAUUAAAUGUGUCAUGAACUUACUUGUUUACCCUUUUGUGGGGUUUUGUGUUAUAUUGUUAAGUAUAAUUUCUCCUUUGACUAUGUAAUGUAAAUGAAUCUCAUUGCAAUUUUGCUUGAAUGUAUUUGACCUUUAACAAACUUUUGAGGAGAAGUGAAUUACUUGUAGAAGUGUUGUAUUGUAGUUAUAGACAGCUACUCCUGCCCUCUUGUGUACAGAAUGUAUUUAUGAUUUUAUUUUAAUUUGUAUAUCUGUGAAUAGUGUUGUGCGCUUGAUGAAUGUUUGUCAAGAUUUUCCUAGCACUUAGAAAGCAAAUUGUCUCAUUCAACCUCUAUCCCAACCAGAAUUUGGAUGUGAAAGUUGAUUUUGAUUUGUAAAUGAAAACCCAUUUUGACAUCAUUAUUCUGGCUGGGAAUGGAUAGUACGUAUAAUUCUAUGUGAUUUCUUUUUUUCUCUCUCCUGGUAAAUUUCUUGACAUGAUUCAAUAGACUUGUGAGCUGUGCUCUGUAUAUAAUUAUGUAUAUUGUGAUUAAUACUGCUUUGUAAACAAUGAUUUGUUGUUAAUCACAAUGACUUUUGCAAUGAACUUCAACGUAAGAUAAGGCGUCCAAAUUUUAAAGUACUGAUUAUUGAAGGCUCACUUUGUUUAUAACAAUGAAAUCCAUAUUCCACCUGCAAUAAAAAGUGCCAGCGUGUUACGAACAUGU